UUGAAAACUUUGGCUUGUACUCCAAAUGAUUGGGAUGAUGUGGAGCUUCAUUCCUCUUUAGAAAAAAUGUAUCCCUUAAAUCAUAAGUUUAGUGAUCAUGAAUUACAAACAUGGAAUGCAAUUCUAAGAGCUGUGGGUUGUACAAAUAUCACUCCUUUCAGUAAUAAAAUUUCACCUAUUGCACAUUCAGUUGAAAGAUAUGUUAGAUUAGGAUGUAAUAUUACAGCAGACACCAGCGCAGUAGUUUUGGCUUUAGCCACUGGGCUUUUAGCUUUUACAGCUUUGUUUUUAAGGAUAGGCAUAUUAUCAGUUAAAUCCUCAAAAUAG